AGAUAAAAGAAAGGGAAAAAGGGAAAAAGAAAAUGGAGCAAAAAAAGAGAGGGCCGACGGCUAUAAUAGUCGGAGGGAGCAUCGCCGGCCUAUCGUGUGCUCACGCCUUAAUCGCCGUUGGAUGGGGCGUAAUCCUAAUCGAGAAGUCCACUCACGAUAAAUCUCACCGGCAGCCACAAUGGCGCCGCCUCGGCCUCGACCCUCAGUCACGCGAUCUCCUCGGCCGCUGGAUCGGCGAUCCCAGUCUCGUCCACAUGUUCCACCUUUCCCUCUCUCUAUCGAUCUGAAUCGGGCAGUAGACAGUGAAAAGAAGCUUAUUCGGACGCUAGUCAGGGAUGAAAAUUUCAAUUUCAGAGCAGCUCAUUGGGCAGAUCUCCACUCGAUUCUAUAUAAUUCUCUGCCACCUGAAACUUUAUUGUGGGGUCUCCAAUUCCUCUCUUUCAAAACUUCUUCUGACGAGUCUUCAGUUAUGAUUAAAGCCAGAGUUACCCAAACUGCUGAAGUUGUUGAAAUUGUUGGCGAUUUGCUGGUUGCUGCUGACGGGUGCUUAUCGUCAAUUCGUCGAAGUUUCCUUCCUGAUUUCAAACUGAGGUAUGCAGGCUACACAGCUUGGAGAGGGGUGCUUGAUUUUUCAUGUAAAAAAAGUUCAGAAACUAUAACUGGGAUGUACAAAGCCUAUCCAGAACUUGGAGAUUGUUUGUACUUUGAUCUGGCACAUAAAACACACUGUGUACUCUAUGAGCUCAAAGACAAUAGGCUCAAUUGGAUUUGGUACGUCAAUGGACCUGAACCCGAACAAAAGGGAAGCUCAGUGACUAUGAAAGUGUCUGAUGAAAUGAUUAGCAAGAUGCAUGAAGAGGCAGAGAAGGUUUGGAUUCCCGAAUUAGCCAAGCUGAUGAAAGAAACAGAGGAACCUUUCAUCAAUAUAAUAUACGAUAGCGAUCCUUUACCCAAACUUUAUUGGGAUAAUGUGGUAUUGGUUGGAGAUGCAGCACAUCCUACAACUCCUCAUGGCUUGAAAAGCACUAACAUGUCCAUUCUUGAUGCUGGAAUUCUUGGGAAAUGUCUGGGUAAGUGGGGUUUAGAGAACUUGGGGUCAGCUCUUGAGGAAUUCCAGUCCAUCAGGCUUCCAGUUGUUUCAAAGCAAGUUUUGCAUGCUCGUAAAUUAGGACGGAUAAAACAAGGUUUGAUUGUUGAAGAUCAAAAGGAUUUUGAUCCAAUGACAGCCACUCUAGAGGAAUCUUUGCAGCUUUGGCAAAGAAAUAUGCCUUUCUUCGAGAGUGUUCCUUCUACUUGUUGAGUCUAUUUUACCUGGCAUUGUUCUGUAUUGAGCAGCUAGUGGUACGCCCAUUGUCAUUAUUGUCUGCGAGUUAUGAUAACAUUGAUAUAAAUUUUUUGUUGAAAUUGAUAGAUCAAAAAUUCAAAUUGUAUUUACAGCUCUUGUAAGUUAAUAUUGUAGAUAAUAAGCACCUGCAUAUAUCUGUAAUGUUUA